AUGUCGAAUGGAAAGAAAGAAAGUACGAAUGUGAGUAAGCACAGAAAGGGAACACGUUCAUUAGACAGACAGAUUCAGCUGGCACUCGAUAAAGAUUUCAACAUUGAGCAGAUGAUGCCGAAGGAGUUUGUGGACCUUUAUAAAAUCAAAAAACCGAUUGGAGUGAGGGUGUUCAAGCAGGACUGUCGGGUACGGAUUCCUCGUCGGCUCUUCCGGAGUUGCUCGUUCAGAUCACCCACGUUCUUCCGGAAUCUUCGCUCUUCGGGAAAGCGUUCCUCGGCGAUUCGAUUGUCGGCGUCGAUGAUAAAACGGUCACGAACGGAGAUGAAUUGCAUGCGAAACUGAAAGAGAAAGCCGAGGUGAGUGCCAAGAAAGUUCGAACGACAUGGGGCGGAUUCAGAGUGUGCACCUGCAAAUCCGUCGCAACAUGUAUUCGUGGUGCUUCCAUUUGCGAACGACCGUCGAGAAGAUCCAGAUCGACAGAGAAACGGAACGGAUUACUCCGAAUCCCGUCAACCUCUACUUUGUUCGUUCCUACCCUCUUCGGUCUUUAAUCAGUCCGUUCAGGUGCUGAUUCGGGUUCAUCCGACUCCAGAAUUGCAAAGUAUCGACCUGGGACUGUUCGUAAUGUACAACAACCGAGAUCGUCUCGAGGUCUCUCCCAAUUCUCCUCCACUUUGAAAUCCUUUGCUUUCAGGUGGAGCACGUCACUCCGAACAGUCUGGCGGCCGUUCAUCUGAAGGCCGGUGACGUCAUCCGUGAGUGUAACUCUCAGCCGAUCUGCUCGAAGAGUAUGCUCCGUUACUGCAUCGCGAGCAGCAUUGCUUCUUCCGGACAGUUCACUCUGCUCAUCGAAGCACCCAUUCGGGACAUAGUCAGAGAUCACAUCGAUGUGGCAGAAGACGUUGUGCAGAUAGCUGAUAAAGCGGUGGAGGAGUUCAAGAAAACGAUGAACGGAUACACAGCACAGCCGUUGAAGCAACAGGCGCAGAAGAAGAAGAUCAAGGUGAAGGAGGAGCGCACCGAGCAUCAGAUUGUCAGCGAUGCCGAUCCGACCAAACUGAGACCGUGCAAACAUGCGAGCUGA